CAAUUUUAAAGGUCGCCAUGCGUUUCCAAGCGCCGCCGAUAACGUCGCGCCGAGAAAUCAAAUCCCUGACCGGAGCCGGAGGCAUCGGCCACCGGCAGCCACAGCAGUCGCUUCCCUGAUCUGCCAGGCCGCCAGCAAUGGAGAAGGACUCCACCUCCACGACGACGCCUCUGUUCCUCCUCUGCGCUACUACUGUCACCAUCGCCCUAGUCUCCCUCUGGUUGGUCCUCCUCGUCCGCGGCCGCAAGAACCGCAAGGCCGACGCCGGCCGCCUCCCGCCGGGUCCACCGGCGCUGCUCUUCCUCGUCAAGUUCCUGGCGCUGCGGCGCUCCAUCUUCGACUUGGCUCCGCUGCUCCGCGACCUGCACGCGCGCUACGGCCCCGUCAUCUCGCUCCGCCUCUUCCGCACCCUCGUCUUCGUCGCCGACCGCCACCUCGCGCACCGGGUCCUCGUGCAGGGCGGCGCCACCUUCGCGGACCGCCCGCCGCCCGUCGACCCGAACAGCCUCUUCACCACCGGCGGACACGACGUCAGCUCCUCACCCUACGGCGCCUACUGGCGCCUCGUGCGCCGCAACCUCGCGGCCGAGGCGCUGCAGCCCGCCCGUGUCGCCCUCUUCGCUCCGGCCAGGCGGUGGGCGUGCGACGGCCUCGUCGACAGGCUAUGCGACGCUGGCGCUGCCGGUGGAGACGACGACGCCGGCCGCGCCGUCACGUUGCGGCCGUUCCUCCGCCGUGCCAUGUUCGAGCUGCUCGUCUACAUGUGCUUCGGCGCGCGGCUGGGCCAGGAGGCGCUCGACGAGAUCGAGGGGCUGCAGCACCAGGCGCUCCUCUCGCUCACUGCCUUCCCCGUCUUCGCCUUCUUCCCCGCGGUGACCAAGCGGAUCUUCCGCAGCCGGUGGGAGGCCUACGUCGCAGUGCGGCGGAGGCAGGACGAGGUGUUCGUCCCUCUCAUCCACGCCACGCGUGGGAACGAUGACCCGCCGUGCUACGCGGACUCGCUCCGCGCGCUGCGAGUGCCCGAGGAGGCCGGUGACCGUCCGCUCACGGACGCUGAGAUGGUCAGCCUCUGCUCCGAGUUCCUCAACGGCGGCACGGACACGACGGUGACGCUGGUGGAAUGGAUUAUGGCUGAGCUAGUGAACCACCCGGAUGUGCAGGCCAAGGUGCACGACGAGGUGGUGAGGUCGUCUAAUGGCGACGACGUCCAGGUCCAGGCGAUGGCGCCGUACCUUAAGGCCGUGGUGCUGGAGGGCCUGCGCCUGCACCCGCCGGGCCACUUCGUGCUCCCGCACGGCGUGCGGGGCGACGACGGCGCGGACGUCGGCGGCUACAAGGUGCCCAGGGGCGCGGAGGUGAACUUCCUGGUGGCGGAGAUCGGGCGCGACGAGACGGUGUGGACAGCGGCAAGGGAGUUCCGGCCAGACCGGUUCGUGGAUGGCGGGGAGGGCUGCGACGUCGACAUCACUGGCAGUCGGGAGAUCAAGAUGAUGCCUUUCGGCGCCGGGCGGCGCAUGUGCCCCGGCUACUCGCUCGGCAUCCACCAUGCUGAGUACUUCGUGGCGAGGAUGGUGCGGGACCUGGAGUGGCGCCCGCCGGUGGACGGCGCGGCGGUGGACAUGGCGGAAGAGCUCGACUUCACCACUGUCAUGAAGCUGCCGCUCCGUGCACGCAUCAUCGCUAGGCAUUAGCUAGCUCCACAUGGACAUUGAGGGUGGUAGUCGGAGCCUCGGAGGUGGAUGGCAUGGCGCCGCCGCCGCACUGGACAUAUUGGGGGGAGGCGCUGGAGUUCACCGCCGUGAUGAUUGGUGAAGCACCACUCCAUGGAAGCAUGCUCGCAUCAUCAUCACCAUACAUAGAUCUAGCUCACAACGUCUUUCUUGACUUCUUGUCAGAAAAUAAACAUGAGAUGGGUUAUAAAAGAAAAAGGCCAAUAAUAUUUACAACGACUAUUUAUGUAGAAUUUUUCUUCACAGGCAGAACGGAAGAGCAUGCUAGAGCGUCUCCAACAAAUUACCUGUCAUCAAUCUCCUAUAAUAAGUUUAUAUAAGUGAUCUUCUAUAUUAAUAGUAUAUAGCCUU